AUGGAGACGGAGGCGGUGGGAGUUUGUAAGGAUAGGGCGGCGACCGUGGAAGCGGCGACGGUGUUUCCAGGGUUCAAGUUCUCGCCGACGGACGUGGAGCUGAUCUCUUAUUACCUGAAGAGGAAGAUGGACGGUUUGGAGAAGUCCGUCGAGGUUAUACCUGAUGCUGAUAUUUACAAUCUCGAGCCCUGGGAUUUGCCCGAUAUGUCGAUUGUUAAAUCUGAUACCGAAUGGUUCUUCUUCUGUUCCCGUGGCAAAAAGUAUCCACAUGGUUCACAGAACAGGAGAGCAACCAAGAUGGGAUACUGGAAAGCUACUGGGAAAGAACGUGAUGUGAAGUCUAGUUCUGAAGUAAUCGGAACAAAGAGGACGCUUGUAUUCCAUAUCGGUCGUGCACCAAAAGGCGAAAGAACAGAAUGGAUUAUGCACGAGUACUGCAUGAAAGAAGUACCGAUGGAUGAUGCUAUGGUUGUUUGCCGGGUUAGGAGAAACAAAGAAUUCCAUAGUUGUACAAGUCAGAAGGCACCAGAGCCAAAUGUAGCAGCCGAGAAGCAGAUGAUCUUGCAAAAUGGUCCUUCUUGUUCAGGGAGCCCGUCUGAUUGGGACGACAUGGUUGAUUUCUACCUAGCAGGUGAACCAGGGGAGACACUGCUCAAUGAGAUGGCGGAAACAGCAGAAAAUCUACAGGUGCAUACUGAAGAGGAUUUCUUUGCGGAUAUCCUAAGGGACGAAAUCAUCAAUCUUGAUGAAACCGUGAACAAUGGGAGCACACCGAACGAAAUCCCGACACUAGAAUCAGCAUCAAAUGCGAUAAGGGUACUUCCUUUACCAAACGUGGUAGACAGACAAAUGGCUUCACUGUUAGAAGAAAGACCAUCACAGAAGAAGCAAGGAACAACAGAUACCAUGGAAUCAUUGUCGAGCUGCUUCGUUGGUCUAUACUCGAUCAAGACAGUGAACCGAGCACGAUGGGAUGUUAUUAUAUGUGUAGUGGCUGUACUAGUAAUGUUGUUUUAUCAAGAGUAA